GCGGAGCGCUGCCAAAGGGAGCGGGAGCCAAACCUGAAUUACCAGCCCAGAGAGUGGCUGCGCAUCCCGGGAGCUCCUGUGAUUUGCGGCAGGUUUUUCAGGUCCCCGCCUGUCAAACACACGCGCAGAUAUUUAAGCAGUCACCCAAGGACCUGCGGGGUUCUUGUUUUACGCACUUCUGGUCCCUGCCAUCUCCAGUGCCUGGCCCCAUAGCCCUGCCCCAGGAGGAGAUGGCCAUGGAAAAGCCAGUGAUUCCCACCGAGGAACAGCUGGAGAUCCUGGAGUACCACUUCUGCAAGGUGAAUAAGCAUCCUGACCCCACCACGCUGUGCCUCAUCGCUGCUGAGACCGGGCUGUCUGAGGAGCAGACUCUGAAAUGGUUCAAGCAGCGCCUGGCGGAGUGGAGGAAGUCUGAAGGGCUGCCCUCGGAAAGCGGGUCUGUCAGGGACUAGAGGAUGCUCCUCCAAUCCCCUUGCCUCUUAUAAAGGAUGGUGAAGCUCUUCAGAGUGGGUUUCCUUGGGGUUCUUCUGUUGCAGUAGGUUUUGUGAUACUAAGUAAUACUCUGCUAUUUAACAUAAAUUUUAUUUAACAUGUACAUAACCAGAAAAAAAAACCCAGUAUAUAUAUAUAUAUGUG